AUGACAGCCGGUGCGGAAACAACUAAUUUGGACGUGGAUGCACUGGUGGAUGCAGCACGACUUGCAAUGGAUCGUGCCUACUGUCCAUACAGCAAAUUCAGAGUUGGCGCUGCUCUGCUGACCAAGGAUGACUGCAUAAUAACUGCCGGAAACGUAGAAAAUGCAUCAUAUGGUUGCACGAUUUGUGCAGAACAAAGUGCAGUGGUGCGAGCUAUUGCAGAAGGACAUCGGGAAUUCAAGGCUAUUGCCGUUUGUACAGCGCCAGCGGAGCCGUCCGCUCCUUGUGGAACAUGCCGGCAAGUUCUUGCCGAGUUUGGCGAUAUAAAGGCACAUUUUAUCGUUCAUUUUCCAGGCACUUUUUCGCACAGUAAAAAGUAA